GUUCACCCUAGUAAGCAUAUACUUUCACCAGUCACAGGCUAAAACUCAAGAACUUUGAAACAAAAGGAAAGACAGGAAGAGAGGAGUGAGAGUGAAAGAAGAAGCAAUGGCGACGCGUACGAUCUCGCAGGAAGCUUUCGAAGAACUUGUGAAAGAAAACGUCGACGACCUCGGCAUGGACCCCACCGAGGCCCUCCAAGACGCCAUCCAGACCCUCACUCUUCAAGGCGUCGAUCUCUCAGGCAUCGUCACCUCCGUCCCCGGCGACACCAACCCCGUCAUCGACUGCUUGGACCGCUUGAAGCACCUCCAAUCCGAACCCGACGCACGAAUCGGCCAUACGUUCAACACGCUCCCUGAAUUGUGUUCCGAUCCAAAUUCCAAAUGCAAAUUCUAAUUCGGCAAUGCGACCAGAAACGGUGCCGUCGAGUUAACUUGUUCGCUCUGUUCCAAAAUCCCCCGCGCCACUGGAUCUCGCGAGCUCCUUCUCUCUGCUUUAAACGCAUUGUCGUCGUUGCUUCACGAUGUUCAGAGUACGGGCACGUUUCAGCGGUGUGACGGACCGACGAUUGUGAUUGGUUUUCUGGCUGAUAAUAAGCAGGAUGUGGAGGUCUUGAGCAGUGGAUUUCGCGUCGUGGCUUCUGCGGCGACCGGCGAUGAGAUCGUGAAGGAGUCCUUUAUGGAGUUGAAGGUUGAUGAGCUGGUUUUGGAGAUCUUGGUCGUUGCAUAAAACAGGGGAUCCAGAGUUUGUAUGACGCAGUUCCGCGCUUUUGACUCCGGAUGACAUCGAGUCGUGGCUUCGCAGGUGUAUGGUUAUGCACGAAAAUUUGCCAAGAUAGGAAUUGCAGAAGCUCUUGUGGAUUGUCUGAGUGCAGGGCUUUGCUCACCUGACCUAGUUCCAGCGUGCACCACUUUGAAAUUCAUUGCUGUAAAUGAUGAAAUAUGUAAAUCCAUUGCUGAGAAAGGUGGUGUCGAUGCAGUACUCAGAUGUAUCGAUGACAGUGGUGAACAAGGUAACAAAGCUGUGGCCAAAGUUUGUUGCUCAUUACUUUCAAAGUUAGCAGGAAGUGACAUGAACAAGAGUGAAAUUGUUGGGAAAGGAGGUAUGGAGAAGUUGUUCACACUUUCAUGCAUGUUUUCCGAUGACCCAUCUGUUUUGCAAGAGAUUAUGUCUAUUAUUUCUGUGCUGUGUUUAAGAUCACCUGAAAACGCAGCCCGUGCCGUUGAAGCUGGUGCUGGUGACCUAGCUGUUCAGGCCAUGAAGAAAUUUCCUGCAGCACACCAAAUGCAGAGAAACUCCUGUCUUAUGAUCAGAAAUCUAGUUGUGAGAAAUCCAGAAAACAGAACAACCUUGCUUUUGUAUGGAAUUGAGAAAUACAUAAGGAAAGCCAAGCAAACACAUAGCAACUGUAAGGAUGCUGCCACCGAUGCGUUGAGGGAUUUGGGCCUUGAUAAUUACAACUUGUAGUUGAUAAUUUUUUGACCUCUAUUGUUUUACACCGUAAUACCAUCAAUAUUCUUUUGUUUUCCAAGCAAAAUAGUGAGUGUAUGACUGUAUAUUGUAAUUGUCUCUAACCUCUCUACAAGAAUAUUCUCAAUUUUCGGAAUUCUAUUCUAUGUACAGACAGAGCUUGAACCUAAUAGCUUCGUCGGAACUCCAAUCCAAUGGUUAUAAGCCAUAAAUAUUCCAGUGUUAUCGAGGUUA